UAUGGUCGCUUCUUCUGAUUAUUUUAAUAAUUUUGUGACACCCUCCCCCCGCAGUAAAGGUUGCUGUGGCAGUUGUAUUGAAGGUGGCAGUGCUGUUUUGUGAUGCGUACAGGGAUGCCGAGAUCUGCAGCGCUGGCUGCGCAUGUUUUUUUUCUUUCUUUUUUAAAUCACAUACUGUUCCUGAAGUUACAGUGGCGUAUCCUGCACCAGUGGUGUACAGUUUGCAGAGCGUCCAGCAGCACGGUAGCUGCGGCGGGGCCGCGUGCCAGUGAUCGAUAACUUAGACAGAGUCGUAACAGCACGUGCCUGCCUCCCCCCCCCACGCCCACCACGGCCCUCACCUGCGUGCUGCGGUGCUUCCCCUGCGAGCCGUCCUGGGCCGGCAGCCCCUUUCUGCACCGCCCCCCCAGCCUGCCCAUGGUUACUAUGACGCGCUCCAAGACCUUCCAGGCCUACCUGCCCAGCUGCCAUCGCACCUACAGCUGCAUCCACUGCCGCGCCCACCUGGCCAACCACGACGAGCUCAUCUCCAAGUCCUUCCAAGGCAGCCAAGGUCGGGCGUACCUCUUCAACUCCGUGGUCAACGUUGGCUGCGGUCCGGCAGAGGAGCGGGUGCUGCUGACCGGCCUGCACGCAGUCGCCGACAUCUACUGCGAGAACUGCAAGACCACACUGGGCUGGAAAUAUGAGCACGCUUUCGAGAGCAGUCAGAAAUACAAAGAGGGGAAGUUCAUCAUCGAGCUGGCUCAUAUGAUCAAGGACAACGGCUGGGACUGAGAUGCCGGAGGUCUGGAAGGGUGGGGGUGAGGGGUCUGUGGGUGGGGGGGGGGAGGCAUCAGAGACCUUUUUUUGCAUGCGUGGUUGGGUCUGUAAGUGCAGGUCUGGUGUAGCAUCCUUCGCCUGGCCCCCUGCGACUUACAGACCCCUGGGAAGGAGGGGCCGAUGAUGGCAACAUCAUAGGCCAUCCGGAUUACUCGGAUCGUACGUGUCUGCACAUGCAAGGUGGACCCCCCCCCCCCCCCCCCCGACAUGCUCACACGCAGCCGCAUGCUAGCCCUACACAUUGGCGCAGGUUUGAAAUGCACCCUGAAGACCUGCAUUGCCACAUCAAGGUGAGGCACAGGAACUGCUGGAGCACCAGAAAGUUGCUUGCAAUUUCUGGGCCUACCUCAGGCUAAAGAGACGGAUUGAGGCGAUUUUUAUAUAUUUUUUUUAUUUGUACCCACCAGCUACCUUGGCAGCAAUGGCGUAGAAUCCCUCGUAGGCACAAGCGGGACGCAGCUAUGACACUCAGUCCGUUCUGGCCAUUGUUGAGGAGAGCUCUGUCCGCUGUUGUGAGAAUGCCAGUCGCAUGCCUGGUACAGACUCCCCAAAGCUGUCACUCGGCGUAGACCAAUACGAGGACAAAGUGUCACUGGGCAGUCAUCCUCGUCUGAGGAUGACCCUGUCUGGUAUCUGCAGCACACCGAACUGCCUGACUCCCCUCAGCCGGGUUCACUUAUCGCCCCAUGUUUAUGUAGUGUUUCUGUGUUACUGCCUCUAGAUGGUCCUGUGGCGAUUUCCCCCCCCCCCCCCCUCCAAUCACCAGCCACCUGUCACAUCUAUAUUUCCUGCUGGAGGUCGACUUCCUGUGGACGUGUGGCAUUUCAUGCAGAACUGUGAGGUGGUGGGGGGUGGGAGGGCGGAGACGGAGGGUGCCGGGGCCAGCGCCUUCUCUCAUUCGCUAUCCCAGCGGCGAUGCUGCUCAUGCUGUCUGCGGGGUCCGGCAGAACGGUCUGGCAUGUCGGGGGUCAGGACUGGGGCGUUCUGUGUUUACGUAAGAAACUGCCUUUUUUUUUUUUCUUUAACGGUAAAACGGCGAUGGAUCAGCCUGCUGUUUGGGAUGUAUAAUCUACUGGCUGUCAGCCGAGUUGAUUCACAAUGGAGGUGACCAAUCAGAGGCUGUUAAGAAGCCCCAGCACCACCAAAGAUCCCACCUGUUUGCAGGAAAAAAAAAAUCAUUCAGUAAUUUUGGCGAAAUUUUGCAAAAUAGAGGGUUGUGUUGGCUGAACGCCUCUGAGGGUAGCCAUAUCUCUGUGACAUAUUGCAUCGUUCGCUCUUGUAAAUUACUGGCAUUCAAUAUAUGUAUAUUCACUAUGAAGAUAGUAUUAUGAAUUAUUGCACAGUGUAAAUAGCCAUACUCUGUAUGUAUUUAUUUAUUUUAGCGUAUGAUAUGCUUUCUGUCUUGAGCCCCUUCCACUGUUCGCAAAGGGUCGCUCAGACAGUGAGGCCCCACAUUCUUGUAUUUGCUACUUUUUUACCAUUUGAAAAUGUUUAGAUUUUAGUGUCUUUUUGUAACAGUGGAAGGAAGGCGAUGAAGAUGUACUGAAACUUUACCAAUAAAAUCCUCAUUUUAGCAGCCCAGCGGCGGCAUGGCCACCUGCUUCCUGCCUUCCGUCCUGCUGUGGCUCACACUUAGGCCCUAACCCAUGUGGCCGGUGUCGGACCGUAAGCCCGAUACCCACACUGACGACCACGUUUGUCUGUUCAUGAAAACAAAUAAAGAAAAAUAACCUCUUUCAUUACACCUUAA